AUGAAUUCUAUGGACAGGCACAUCCAACAGACCAAUGACCGACUGCAGUGCAUCAAGCAGCACUUACAGAACCCUGCCAACUUCCACAAUGCUGCCACGGAGCUGCUGGACUGGUGCGGAGACCCGCGAGCCUUCCAGCGGCCCUUUGAGCAGAGCCUGAUGGGCUGUUUAACGGUGGUCAGUCGGGUGGCAGCUCAGCAAGGGUUCGACCUGGACCUCGGCUACAGACUGCUGGCUGUGUGUGCCGCAAACCGAGACAAGUUCACUCCGAAGUCUGCCGCCCUACUGUCCUCCUGGUGCGAGGAGCUCGGCCGCCUGCUGCUGCUCCGACAUCAGAAGAGCCGCCAGAGCGACCCCCCUGGGAAACUCCCCAUGCAGCCUCCCCUCAACUCCAUGAGCUCCAUGAAACCCACUCUGUCGCACAGUGAUGGGUCGUUCCCCUAUGACUCUGUCCCUUGGCAGCAGAACACCAACCAGCCUCCCGGCUCCCUCUCCGUGGUCACCACGGUUUGGGGAGUGACCAACACAUCCCAGAGCCAGGUCCUCGGGAACCCUAUGGCCAAUGCCAACAACCCCAUGAAUCCAGGCGGCAACCCCAUGGCGUCGGGCAUGACGACCAGCAACCCCGGCCUCAGCUCCCCACAGUUUGCUGGGCAGCAGCAGCAAUUCUCAGCCAAGGCUGGCCCCGCUCAGCCCUACAUCCCACAGAGCAUGUACGGCCGGCCCAACUACCCUGGCAGCGGGGGCUUCGGGGCCAGUUACCCUGGGGGUCCUAAUGCCCCUGCUGGCAUGGGCAUCCCUCCGCACACCAGGCCGCCCGCUGACUUCACUCAGCCGGCAGCCGCUGCUGCAGCAGCUGCAGUAGCAGCAGCAGCGGCCACGGCCACAGCCACAGCUACGGCCACUGUGGCAGCCUUGCAAGAAACACAGAAUAAGGAUAUAAACCAGUACGGACCGAUGGGUCCCACCCAGGCGUAUAACAGCCAAUUCAUGAACCAGCCCGGGCCUCGGGGGCCUGCCUCCAUGGGGGGCAGCAUGAACCCCGCAAGCAUGGCGGCUGGCAUGACGCCCUCGGGGAUGAGCGGCCCUCCCAUGGGCAUGAACCAACCCCGGCCACCCGGCAUCAGCCCCUUUGGCACACACGGGCAGCGGAUGCCCCAGCAGACCUACCCGGGCCCCCGGCCCCAGUCCCUUCCCAUUCAGAGCAUAAAGAGGCCAUACCCGGGAGAGCCCAACUACGGAAACCAGCAAUAUGGACCAAACAGCCAGUUCCCCACCCAGCCAGGCCAGUACCCCACCCCCAAUCCCCCACGGCCGCUCACCUCUCCCAGCUACCCCGGGCAACGGAUGCCCAGCCAGCCGAGCGCCGGGCAGUACCCGCCCCCCACAGUCAACAUGGGGCAGUAUUACAAGCCAGAGCAGUUUAAUGGACAAACUAACACCUUCUCUGGAAGCAGCUACAGCAGCUACAGCCAAGGGAACGUCAAUAGGCCUCCCAGGCCGGUUCCUGUGGCAAAUUACCCCCACUCACCUGUUCCAGGGAACCCCACGCCCCCCAUGACCCCCGGGAGCAGCAUCCCCCCAUACCUGUCCCCCAGCCAAGACGUUAAACCCCCCUUCCCACCUGACAUCAAGCCAAAUAUGAGCGCUCUGCCGCCACCCCCAGCCAGCCACAAUGACGAGCUGCGGCUCACGUUCCCCGUGCGGGACGGCGUGGUGCUGGAGCCCUUCCGCCUGGAGCACAACCUGGCCGUCAGCAACCACGUCUUUCACCUGAGGCCCACAGUCCACCAGACGCUGAUGUGGAGGUCUGACCUGGAGCUGCAGUUCAAGUGCUACCACCACGAGGACCGGCAGAUGAACACCAACUGGCCAGCCUCGGUGCAGGUCAGCGUGAACGCCACGCCCCUCACCAUCGAGCGCGGCGACAACAAGACAUCCCACAAGCCCCUGCACCUCAAGCACGUGUGCCAGCCGGGCCGCAACACCAUCCAGAUCACCGUCACCGCCUGCUGCUGCUCCCACCUCUUCGUGCUGCAGCUGGUCCACCGGCCCUCCGUGCGCUCCGUGCUGCAAGGCCUCCUCAAGAAGCGGCUCCUGCCCGCAGAGCACUGUAUCACGAAAAUCAAGCGGAAUUUCAGCAGCGUGGCUGCCUCAUCAGGCAACACAACCCUCAAUGGGGAAGAUGGCGUGGAGCAGACAGCCAUCAAGGUGUCUCUGAAGUGCCCCAUCACAUUCCGGCGCAUCCAGCUGCCUGCUCGAGGCCACGAUUGCAAGCACGUCCAGUGCUUUGACUUGGAGUCGUACCUGCAGCUGAAUUGCGAGAGAGGGACCUGGAGGUGUCCUGUGUGCAAUAAAACCGCUCUGCUCGAGGGCCUGGAGGUAGAUCAGUACAUGUGGGGCAUCCUGAAUGCCAUCCAACACUCCGAGUUUGAAGAGGUCACCAUUGACCCCACAUGCAGCUGGCGGCCAGUGCCCAUCAAGUCGGACCUCCACAUUAAGGAUGACCCUGAUGGCAUCCCGUCCAAGCGGUUCAAGACCAUGAGUCCCAGCCAGAUGAUCAUGCCCAAUGUCAUGGAGAUGAUCGCAGCCCUGGGCCCCGGCCCGUCCCCCUAUCCACUCCCUCCCCCUCCCGGGGGCACCAACUCCAACGACUACAGCAGCCAAGGCAACAGCUACCAGGGCCAUGGCAACUUUGACUUCCCCCACGGGAACCCCGGUGGGACGUCCAUGAACGACUUCAUGCACGGGCCCCCCCAGCUCUCCCACCCCCCGGACAUGCCCAACAACAUGGCCGCCCUUGAGAAGCCCCUCAGUCACCCCAUGCAGGAGACUAUGCCACACGCUGGCAGUUCUGACCAGCCCCAUCCCUCCAUGCAACAAGGUUUGCACGUCCCACACCCCAGCAGCCAGUCAGGGCCUCCAUUACAUCACAGUGGGGCUCCUCCUCCUUCCCAGCCUCCCCGGCAACCGCCACAGGCCGCUCCCGGCAACCAUCCACACAGUGACCUGACCUUUAACCCCUCCUCAGCCUUAGAGGGUCAGGCCGGAGCGCAGGGAGCGUCCGACAUGCCGGAGCCUUCGCUGGAUCUCCUUCCAGAACUCACAAACCCUGAUGAGCUCCUCUCGUACCUGGAUCCCCCCGACCUGCCGAGCAAUAGUAAUGAUGACCUCCUGUCUCUCUUUGAGAACAACUGA